AUGCGUUUGCAAGCUCAAGCUCCUUGGACAAAGGCUACCGACCUCUUCAACCCCCGAGCUCGAGCUACGACGACUACAAGACGCAUUCCCUUACCUCCGAUACUUAUAAGACGACGAGCCGCCGCAUUUUGGCAAGGCAGACCAGACGAUCGCGAUCGCACGCUGCAGCUUCUCUCCACCAUCUUGAACGAUCUUUACGACAUGCCGGCUAACAAGAGAGGCGCCCCGUCGUCGAAUUCGACGAGCUCGAAGAAGCGCAGGACGGACAAGGACGUACAGAAAUACUAUGCUGUGCGCACCGGUGCGCGUCCAGGUAUUUAUCUGACCUGGGCCGAGUGCCAGAAGCAGACGGCUGGCUUUCGUGGAGCGCAAUGGGUCGUCCCUGCAGACAAAUCCUUCCUAACCCGAGAGGAUGCGCAGGCGUUUGUGGAGGGCAAGAAGAUACCGAGCGAGGAAGGCGAAGAGAAGCCGCUGCGCUUCUAUGCCGUCGCGCGCGGCAUCUUUACGGGCAUCUUCAUGGACUGGGGAACAGCGUCACUGGCGAUCGCGGGGACCAAGGGGCCUAAGUACAAAAAGUUUGACACGUACGAGGACGCGCUGGCUUUCAUCCGAGAAUGGGGCGACGAGCAGACAAUUGCCAUCGCGGAGAAGGAGGCUCGGCGCAAUGGGAUGACGGUGCCGUCGUCGAAUAAGACCUUCGUCAAGGCCGAGAAGUCAGAGGAUACCUCCGAUUCGGAUGAUGACUCGGAACAGUCGGACGAUAUUCUCUCCGUGGAGCCGGAAACAAAGAUCUACACGCAAGUUUACACUGAUGGAAGCAGUCUGGGCAAUGGCACUGCAGGAUCCGUGGCAGGCGUGGGCGUCUAUUUCGGACCCAAUGACCCCCGAAACGUCUCUGAGCGCCUCGAAGGCGAACUCCAAACGAACCAGCGCGCGGAGCUCACCGCCAUUCUGCGGGCAUUUCAGUUGAGCCCGUUGACGCAACCGAUAGAGAUCGUGACGGACAGCAAAUACUCGAUCAAGUGCGUGACAGAGUGGUACGAGAACUGGGAGAAGAACAAAUGGCGAACCUCGACCAACAACGAGGUCAAGAACAAGGACCUGAUUCAGGCGGUGCGAGAGGAGAUUGCGAAGCGUGAUGCUGCGGGAACGAAGACGAACUUCGUCUGGGUCAAGGGACAUAACAACCACCCGGGUAACGCAGCAGCGGACGAGCUCGCCGUCGCCGGGGCGAGUAUGGGCUUGCCGGCCAAGGGACGAAAGAAGCUCAAGUGA